GGCAGGUAUGAGAUGGCGGCGGGAGCGCCGGCGGCCGGUGCGCGGCGGGGCGGCAGGUAGGAGCGGGGCGCCGCCUGGGACGCGGUGCGCGUUCUCGCGUGGUGCGGCAGAGGCGCGGAGCCGGGGGUCGGUGCGGCCGGGCCUGAGCGGCGGCGAGCGGCGGCGGGGAGCGCAGCCCAACCCAACCCAGCACAGCCCGCAGUGCCGCAUUGCGGGCCGCCCUCGGCGCGCCGUGCCGCAGCGCUCGGUUUCGGGAGGCGAAGCAGCUGCGAUCGCAGUGAGCCUCUUUGCAAGCGCCUCUUCGCAAGCUCUUCUCCCCGGGCUGUCGGUAGCGGAGCACGCGAUAAGCUGCUCCGAUAGCCGCCUGCCGGUUGGCUCAGCGCAACUUGGCGCGUCUGCUUUCGGCCGGUAACGCUCUGACAGCCCGGGCAGAGCAGCGCUCCUUCCGGGCGGCGGUGCGGAGCUGCGGUUCGGAGGCCGGAGCCGCUGCGUUGGGUUGGGCCGUCUCUCCCUGCCCGGCUCCUCCCCGCAGCCCCCGUCCCGCUCGCCCGGAGCCCGCAGUGCCGCUGGGCGCCUCCCUCCCCCCCCUGUCUGCCCGCCGUGCCUCGGGAUCGUGCGGAUAACCCGCGGCAAGAUAAAACGGAACAACCAUCACAGAACGGCUGGGUUGGAAAGGACCUCGAAGGUCAUCUGUUCCCGACCCUGUGCUGCCGGCAGGGGUGCGGACCGCUAUAACAGGCGCGAGGUCCGGGCCGCAUCCAACCUGGCCUCGGAUGCCAGCAGGGAUGGGGCACCCCCAGCUUGUCAGACAGGGCGCUCCGGCUGCUGGGAAGCAGCUGCCCCGGCCCCGCUGCCCCGCUCCCAUCGCUGCCGCACCGGGGCUCCCAGCCCCGCUCUUUGUGCACAGCCCCGCGCCACCCCUACACGCGAGCUGCGGUGCCUCUCAUCCUCAGUCCGCAGCGUCCCGAUUGUUUUCCCCGUCCUUCCUCGCCCUCCUUUUUAAUAGCGCCUCCAGAAAAGCUGGCAGUUCAUUUCUAUCAGUCACGCUGACUGAUAGCGCUGCCUCUCCUCUUGGGAUUCCUCCUCUUUUCUGUCCCUCCAGCACUCGUUUCGGCGUCGGCUCGCAGCCCUCUGAAGGCAGCGGAUCGCCUUUGUUCUGUGUUUGUACAGCACGGAGCACAGCGGAGUCCCCAGCUGUGACUGAGGUUCCCAAUGCCACAGCGAUAAAAGUGAAUAGAGCAGUAAUGAGGAGAGGCAGCUGCUGCCGUCUGAAAGGUUCCAUUUUGGUGCUGGUUGCUGUGAAAUGACGGCCGGAUCUGAGGCAGCUCCUCUACAGCUGCUUUGUAUAAAGGUGUGCGUUAAAAUAAAUACGUUUACCAACUUUGCGUUGCACUGAAAGUCAUGAAAAUUGCAGGGGCAUUAUUUAUUUAGGUUGUGUUAAGGCAGACGUAGGAACCUGCAAAUCCUUAACGCACUGGGUUUCUGGCAGUAGCUGUGUUUCUGUGUGCUUAUGGAGUGUCAGACAGGAUCUGGAGCUAUCCCAUACAGCAGGAGCAGCCCGAGCAGCAGCGGUGACAGAGGAUGGGGCCCCGUGAGCAGCUCUGCAGUGAGUCUGCAGCCCCAAGGUGCCUUUCAGUCCGCCUCCCUUAGCACCAGAAGGCGUCCGGGUGCUGUGUUGUGCUGCAGGCUGACUGAAGUGGCUGUGUUGACUUUACAGCAUUCCGGUGCGUUUUAUGAAAAGCACCGGAAAGGAAUUCUCUGGGCUCUAAGUUGAAACGUUUCACGUUGAAAUGCAGAAUUCUCCAUGUUUUGUGUACGUCAACCUGCCUUGCUGCUGCAGUCUGCCUUGCCACCGCUAACGUUUUCCAUAUUCACUUUGUUCCAAGCCUGCUUUCCCCCUCUUGCAGCCCUUUAUCAUCCUGGAUAGGUCUGUCUCCAGGUUUGCAUCGCGUGUGUGCAGCUCAUGUGGCUGAGCUCUGCUCGAGUCUUCUGCUGGGACAGAAUGUGAUUUCAUAGAUGAUAGCAGGAAUUUGGAUAUCCAGUUUAUCCAAUGCCCAGAAGAUGGCCGAGUGCUGCAUUAGCUCCAGGUUGUCCAGCACAGGCUGCUAUCACAUAAUAGCAGCUUUGUUCCCCAGUUCCCCGCUGUUUAAAUUGUAUAUUAUUAUCUGAUUCCCAUAGCCAAAAGGCUGAAUCACUCCAUGUCAUCUGUUUAGCUGCGAAGAAAGCAAAGCAACAAUUAAAAAAGGCAGUUUUUAUUACGGCUCACUAGGAUGAAGCCUAGAAACAGUGGUCAAGGCUUGGCACUCACUGCGCUAUGCGCUCUGCGCUCAUCACAAAGGGGCUCUCUUUGCCCUUGAAGACCUCAUGAGUGUAACCCUCGGCAAAAAUCGCUGUGUGUUUUUCUUGACAUUUUUCAGAGGCAGAUCAGUCACCCUAUAGGGAGUUACUGUGCUAAAUCUGAGGGCUGAAUGUGAUCUUUGUGAUGCUGUCUUACAAGAAUGUCGCUCCCGCGUAUAGUCCUCAAAGCAACCUUAAAAGUGAAGUCACUUCUCGUGUCUCUGCAGCCCAUUCCCACCAGAGUUCUUUUAAUUUUAUUUAUUUGUUUUUUAAUCUAGGAAAUAAUUUGUCUUCUGGGCCUUUUGUACUUAAAAUGAUUUCACAUCAUUCCGCUCGGGUCCUUUCAUCUCUUAGCGAAACAUGGGAUGGCUCCUAUCUGGCUCUGGAAUACUGCCUUCAGACGCCCUCAUUAAUUGAUUCCUUGCUCUGGCACAGCACGGGGACGAUGCUCCUUCUCUCUCCCCAGGGAAACGCGAGCCCGGGCGCAUCCAUCCUGGCUCCCUUUGUGCUUAGCCAGGCACAGAAUCCCUGUGUUUUGUGCUCCCCAGCAGUGUCUGCUUAUCGCUCUGCGCUCAGUGCUCGCCGCUUGCCUGGCUGUUCCUCAGUCGAAAGAUUUUGUUAUUAUACGGGGAGAUUUUCUUCCAUUAUCUGCCUUAUUUUCAAAAGCUCUCUAAUCCUUUUCCUCCUGCCUGGUAAGACUGCCUGCUGCAGUGUGACUGAGGCGCGAGAGACAACAUCCCAAGUGCACCAAGUGAGACUGGGCUGCAUUCUGCCCGCUGAAUGAGGUGCAUCGGGCUGCCCUCAAAUCUGCGGCUUCCAGCUCUCCCGCUUUCCCAGCCCGAAAAACGCAGCUCGUUUCUUGCCCCAGAGGUGCCUCAUCCUUCUCUCUUGCCUUAUUUGUGUUCUCCCUGUGCUCUAUUUCAUGCUGCUGGAAUCCGCUUCUGCCUUCGCGUGUGCGGACUUGCAGCUAUUCCAGCUAUCUGAACUGAGGCAGGCAGCUCUCACCCAUCUGGGCACGACUUGCUUCCAUGUGCGCUAAUUUCCUGCUCGCGCCCCAGGUGCGGUCACCAGGUUGUGCCGGUUAAAAUCCCACUUUUGUCCUCGUUUCCAAGGCAUUUCCCCCGUUUGGAUCUAGUUACCUUAGGGAUUAAUUGAUCCAUCAUGAUUUUGACCUCCUGCACCAUCCACUCCCCAUGAAAUGAUGGGGCUGUCAUGCCUGAAGCAAGAACGCCGUGUGUGACAGACAGCUUUCUUUGUGGCUUGGCUGGGAUCACAGGCUUUGGUCCUGAAAGAUACCAGAAUGGCACGAAGCUCAGCACAAUAUAGGGCCGAUUUUUUUUUAAUCUGCUGUCUUAAUCACAACGCUAUUAGUACAAGGUUUUAUUAUUCAUUGGGAUUUGACUUUAUUCACGGGAUCGGACAAGAAGCCAUUCGGUCCUUUAUUGUGUUGCCUUUCGACGUGUCAUAAAGCAAUCUGAGAUCGUGGCGUAUGAAAAUAUGGCUCUAAUUGCAAGGAAGGAAAAAACCCAGCAAUAAACUAACUAACUGUUUGUCUCCCCUUUGCUGCUGCUACAUAAAGUGGGUGUAGGCAGAGUAAUCCAUCUUCCUUUUUUAACGGGAAAGCGGCAGAUGGGGCACACGGCUUUUUCUGAAGGUUAUAGCGUGUGCAGCAGUGGGGAUUGGCAGGGCUAUUGUGUGCGGAGCCAGUGGGGGCUUUCUCUUUGCUCAGAAAUAGGGGUUAGCCUCCCAUUUCCAUUUUGAUUAGCAAUAACGAUACAAAGGCAAAUUUUCAGCAGCGGGAAGAGCCGCUAAUAAAGUGACCUCUCGGUGCCGAGCGGCUCGUUGAAGGGCCGUGCCGCUAUCAGAGCGCACAGCGCUGCUCCCAGCUGCUGGGAGGGGGUCCGGAGGGACGUGGGAUGGGGAGCCCGGAGCGGAGGCGCAGCAGCGGUGCCGACGAGCAGUGCCCUUCCAGCUCAUGGAGUCGAGCACGGCUCCUGGGCUGCGUGGCGCGGGGACUUGGUGGCUGUCCCACCGGCGCCGUGACAUCGGUCGUGCUUGGAUGCUGUUGGGAAUGCGUUUGCGUGGCUUUCCUCAUGGCAAACACAGGGUAGAUUUGGGGCUGUUUUGUGGGUUCCUCUUAGAUACAGGUGGAGAGCACUUAAUACCACGCUGCUCCUAAUUCAAAACCCCGGUUUCUAUGUAGGAGUUAUUUGCCGUUAAACUCCAGCUACGCAGCCUUUGGCAAGAGACAUGAAUCAAUUUGUCCAGCUUUUCUUUUCUGUUUUGUCUCUGUGUGAAGGCUGAUGCCCAGUGUGUGCCAAGGGGGCCUUUCAGCCCCAAUAAUGCGCCCUUGUGUCUCGUAGCAUGCGUGGGAUUUGCAUAGGCUGUGCUGGGACAGGCAGGUUUCUUUUGUUGCUGGAAACAAGGAGCAAGUUCUUUCCCCUGUCUCUGCUUCCUAAUGCCUCUCCAAAAGCUCUCAGCACUCAUUGAGGCCAUCUGCAAUCUUGUCAUCUGCAAUGACUCCUCCCUUCGCAGCCAGCCCAUCAUCUUCAAUCCCGACUUCUUUGUGGAAAAGCUGCGCCAUGAAAAACCGGAGGUGUUCACAGAGCUGGUUGUCAGCAACAUCACCAGGCUCAUCGACCUGCCUGGGGCUGAGCUGGCCCAGCUCAUGGGAGAGGAGGACCCGAAGCUGCCUGGAGCAAACAGCACGGCCUCUGGGUUUUUUCGUUCCCUGAUGUCUUUGAAACGCAAGGAGAAAGGAGUGGUGUUUGGCUCCCCACUGACAGAAGAAGGCAUCGCGCAGGUCUCCCAGUUAAUUGAGUACCUGCACAAAAAUCUCCGAGCAGAAGGUUUGUUUCGGGUGCCAGGCAACAGCAUCAGGCAACAGAUCCUAAAGGAUGCUCUGAACAGUGGUACAGAUAUUGACCUGGACUCCGGGGAGUUUCAUUCCAAUGAUGUGGCCACCUUGCUUAAGAUGUUCCUGGGUGAAUUACCAGAGCCCUUGCUGACACACAAGCACUUCCACGCCCACCUCAAAAUUGCAGACUUGAUGCUGUUUGAUGAGAAGGGGAAUAAGACCAGCACUCCAGACAAAGAGCGCCAAAUCGAAGCCCUCCAGCUGCUCUUCCUGAUCCUCCCUGCGCCCAACCGCAGCCUGCUCAAACUGCUGCUGGAUUUGCUCUACCAGACCGCCAAGAAGCAGGACAAGAACAAGAUGUCUGCCCACAAUCUCGCCCUCAUGUUUGCACCCCACAUCCUAUGGCCCAGAAAUGUGACAGCAAAUGACCUGCAAGAGAAUAUCACAAAGCUAAACAAUGGAGUGACCUUCAUGAUCAAACACUCGCAGAAACUCUUCAAGGCCCCAGCUUACAUCAGGGAGUGUGCCAGGCUGCAUUACCUGGGAUCCAGAGCCCACACAUCGAAGGAUGACCUGGAUUUGCUAACAUCUCCUGGUUCCAAGGAACUGCAACCCCUCAAGUCCCAGAAGCGAAGCCGUUUGGACUCCUGCCAUCAGGAGGAGACCCAGCAGCGCACAGAGGAGGCACUGAGGGAGCUCUUUCGCCACGUACACAAUAUGCCUGACUCUGCAAAGAAGAAGAAGCUCAUCCGGCAGUUCAAUAAGCAUCCUUCAGCUCUCACUCCCAGCUCUGAUGUGGCCACACCCCCAGCACCACGACGCGCUCGCUCCCGCUCCUUCAGCGGCCUCAUUAAGAGGAAGGUUUUGGGAACCCCGGUUAUACAGGAGAGGAAGAGCAGAGAUACCACACCGGAGCCCAAACGAGUCAGCAAAGAGAAUGUCCAUCUGUUACAGAAAUGUGGAUCUCCAGCUCACAUGUCCCAAGGGAAACUGAAAUCAUUGGAGGGCCAGAAAGAGGAAUCCUGUAGACGCAUGCGAGCCCACCUGCUUUCCAAGGAUUCAUCAUCCCUCUGAAUGGCUUUGCACCAGCGUUGGGUGGGGAAUGCCCAGCCUCACAAGCUGUGAAUAAUGUGCUGCACCGAGCAGGCAGCGCUGCAGGCUCGUGGUAACCCUUACCAACGUGCCAGCACUCUUGAAACUGGACCUCUGCAAAGACUGCAGGGACUUGUUUCUUUCUGUAUAUAAAUUAUAGUAUUUCAUUCAUUAUGGGGCAAACCACUAUCUAACCAAAAGCUGUUGUGCAGCAUGUCUGACCUGCUGGCUCUGGGAAGAGCUGGAGAGCUUGCUUACACAGAGACCCCUCUGUACUGCAGGGACCUGUUUGCACUCCCAGCGUUCUGUGAUGUUGUUAUUCUGUGUUGUUAUUUUUUUUUUAACUCUUUCUGCUCUGAGUUUUUAACAUAAGCUUGUUUUGCUUCCUUCCCUCUGUUAGCAGUGAGAACAAUGGACUCCGACCUUUACCUGCAUCCCAACAGUUAACCUUACCUCCUGACCUCCUUUGGAGCCAGACCCUCUGUGCUUCCUGGGACCUCUGCUUCCCACAGGGUCCUUCUCGCCUUGCUCUCCCUGAAGGGCUGGAGUGCACAAAGUGGUACAAAGCACAGGAGAGGGUCUGGGUGCCACCACUUCACAUGGAGCAUGGGGAAAGCCACUUUUGAACCACUCUGUUUCAGGUUGAGCUGGAGGCAGUCCUUGCACACUGCCUUCAUGUUUUUGCAUUCCUGUGCUGCUGCUGGCUCUGCAUGUUGAGCAAGGAGAGGCUUUGCUUUGUGUUCCUUCAGGGAGGCUAAGUGGCACAGGGCUUAUAUCAGGGGACAGGAUGCUGGCAAAAGCUGUCCUGGGGCAAGGCAGCCCAGCCUUUGGAUGCUGGCAUGUCUCACGCAGGCGGAAUCUGGUAGCAGCUUGCACAGUAUAGCAGCAGUACAAGAGGUGCAAGAGGGCUCCAGUCAUUUGUGAUCUGCUGCAAAUGGUGCCAAAGGCUUUGGCUCAAGGUAUUUGGCUGGCUGGUCAGACGACUGGCUGAUUGAUCAUUAAACUGGGAGAAAGGGCUGGAGCCAGGUUCAGCUUUUUGCCCUGAGCUGCAGAAAUGAGAUGAGACCAUCUAGAGACAGGAUAAACCCCCAUCACAGCUGGCCAUUGUCAGCUGUCUUGUUAAGCUGGAGUGCUCCAGUGAGCCAAUCUUGCCAAGUACCUGUCUGCAAGCACUCUGGGGUAGGAGACACGCGGGGUCACUACUGUGAAAUAAAGAUUUAAUCAGUUGAGGAACCAUCUAAACACUUCUCAGCCCUUCUUGGCGAAGCAAAUAAUCUCUGAAAUCCAAUUAUAAUUGUCUUCUAAUCUUUAAGAACCAGCAGCCGGCAGGAGUUAGAGCUCUGUCCUUGACAGCUUUUGGAGACAACUGGUGGCAGGAGGUGUGAAAGGGGAUGUGAGCGGGGAGUUCGGUCUGACUGGCUCAGAAUGGGUUGUUGGAGCCCUGUGCAGCUUAGUGGAGUGAUUCAUGUUUUUAUACUGCUAUUUUAUUUUUUUUUAAGAGCUACAGAGCUCUGUGCUUCAUGCUGCUAUGUCCAAGGGGAUGUUCGUGGUACUUUACUGGGAGUGCCUGUCCCCAGUCUGACCCCAGAGUGGAGGAAAUGUAAGGGGCAGUGGGACAGUAGAUGUGGGAGUUGUGAGUUCCUGGUGUUAGAAGCCUCUGUCGCAGCAAAGAAAGUGCUGGUUCUUCAGGGACCGGGCAGGUGAGGAUGCUGUGAGGAAAGGCAGAGGCUAUUUGUUGCGGUAACAGUAUGUGCUGUUUGGAUGUGUCUGUAAUCCAUCCCUCCAGAGGCUGAAGCUGUCUUUGUGCUCCUCUCUGAAGGGCGCAGUGUGUUUGGCUGAGUGCACUUCUGCCCCAUCCCCGCAGCCUCCUGCAGUGCAGUGUGCUGCUGGCAGAGCCCUGGGGACAUCAGCUUCCCUUUGGAACAGAGCCCGGGCUGGGGUGGCAGUGUGUGGGCAGCUGGCUCUGCUCCUGCUGCCUCUGCUCUUCCCGCAUUGAGGGCAGCCAUGCUUCUGUCCAUCCCAUCCCUCCUCUCUCCCUCUUGCUCCUAGCGUACUCGGGCGUAUCCGUCUCUCUGUUUGGAUGUUGGCUUAGCAAGGCAUUCUCAUUCCCCUGGCUAAAUACACUGCUCCUGUACAGACAAGAGGAAAGUAGCUCUGCUCUCCAGUAUCAGCCCUUAUGCUGACGGCUCUAGCUCAGAGACUGGCUUCUGGCACUGCUGAGAUUUGAUUAGCCCCAAGAAAAUACUUUCUGCAUGUCUUGCAUGCCUUCCAUUGCAAACAGAACGGCUGCAGUCCCCGGAGAGGUCCUGGGGUCGGUGCCCUGCCUUUAGCCCAUGCUGCUCUCCUGCUCGUGCUGAGGAUGGGGGUGGCCAGCAGGGACUCAGCCCCUCGGCCCCUUUGGUUGUCACAGCCCCACGUUCACAGCGCCCCGCAGUCACGUCUGGACGUGUUCAUUUAUCUGCUCUGUGCAAUGCCUCACAAGGAUGCUUCCUUCCUCCCAGAGCAGCCGCUAACCGUUCCCAGAGUCUCUCAUUUUCAAAGCAUUUUUAAUCUUUGUUCUUAUUUAUAUAUGCUCUGUAUGUACUGGUUCAGACUGCCGCCUUUCCGUGUGUUCACGCGAAAACCCCAUAUUAAAUGCUUUUAUUUUUAA